CCUUCACAAAACAAACAUACAGUCAGGAAACCACACAAUUUCUCUCUUAUUUUGUUAAAAUUUUUCACAGAUUCUGCAAGGGGAUUCUUACAAACUUUCAAGUGGCACUGUAUAUACAUGUAUACUUCUUUUUCUUACCACUGUGUGACAGAUUCUUCAGAAACCUUCAUGAACUUGAGGAGAUGAUAAGGGUGGACUGGGAAAGAGUCAUUUGUAAAUUUUAUGAGGAUCCAAAACAUCCCAUCUCAGGAUGGCAGGAUUCAUUCGAUCGGCGUUACCACGAGAGCCAUGCACGUAGAUUGUGUGACUGGUUUGUGCCCUCUGUACCCACCACAGAAAUACUGAAUGCAUUAAACAAAUUUCUGCAUUCCAUAACCCAUAAUGCAAAAUCUGAGACACACUCAAGAUAUCCAGGUGCUCAUUUCAAAUGUGAUCUUGACCAGAAAGACUCAGAGAAGUCUAUCUUAAUGGUAUGUGGUGAAAGGGGUUGUGGGAAGUCUACUCUGGCAGCGUGGUGGCUGCGGGCCUUCUGCCGACAGAAUCCUGAUUUUCUAGUCAUCCCUCACUUCUGUGGAACCAGCACAUCCAGCACUGAUGUCAGGUCUAUGCUUAGGCAGUGUACUGCUCAACUUCAAAGAGCACAUUAUGGUGAUUUUCCAGAUUGGGAGGACGCCAUUGAGUUUAAGUACCUCCAUCGAGCGGUCCAGGCAUUUACUGCAGCAGCCAAUCUUGGGCCUUGUAUUCUUCUUGUAGAUGGUAUUGACCUUCUGACAGAAACACUUGGACUCUCAAAGCAAGAGGUGAAGGAACUACGGUGGCUGCCAGAUGCUCUGCCUCCCUAUUGUAAAAUGAUCAUCACAACAACCUUCACUGACCUCACUUACAAAAGUCUCACCAGUAGAACCGAUGUCCAGAUUCUCAGGUGUCCUCAUAUCUCCGAUCCUAGUGUUCAGCAGAGCAUUUUGAUCAGACAUCUGGCUUUACCUUACAAGGGGCUGCCAACCAGUGUUUUGCAAAGAAUCAUGCAUAAGAAGCAGUGCCACUUGCCUGCAUUUUUAGCAAUCAUUGGCACAGAGUUACGGACAUGUGCAGUGCUGAGGGAGAAAGAGGAAGAGAUGGAGCUUUUGCAGGAGUAUGUAGAAGCUGAUUCAGUUCCAGAGCUCUGGGUGAAGGUCAUACAUCGCUGGGUAAAAGAUUUCAGCAGAAAUGCUCCAACAGAAGUCACUGAGACUCAUACAAACACCACAUCACUCAGGGAGGAUCUCUCAGGAUGGGUGUGGGACACACUCUGCCUCAUUCAUGUGUCUCGUGCUGGCCUGACUGAGGCUCAGGUUCUGGCUUUGUUGGAAGAUCUGGGUUACUUUGGUAAGAUGAGAGUCAAGGUUUUGGAAUGGGUCAGAUUGCGCUCUGCUUUUUGGCCUUGGGUUCAGGAGAAAGCCAAUGGUCUUCUGACCAUCAUGCAUCAGUCCCUCAGCCAGGCUAUGAACCUGUUGUUGCAUGAUAUGGGAGGUCAUAAUUCCUACCAUCAGAUCCUUGCUAGGUUUUUUCAGAAGUCCAGUUUAGAGCUUUGUAGCUGGGCAAGAAAGAUGGAAGAGAUUCCUUGGCAUCUCAAGCAAACCGGUUCAUUCAAGGAGUUGCAUGACUUCCUUAGCAAUCCAGCGACCAUGGAGUUUUUGUCAAGCAGCCUGAAGCGAUACCCACAGAUGACAAUAGAUAUUGUACAUUAUUGGACACUACUAAGGGAGAGAGGAUUUGACCCUGUGACUUCAUUCCAGAUUCUGAUGGCUCAGACUUGGGAGCAUCUUAAUGACGCUCACCCUCCAGAUCACAGCAGUGUGUGGCGAUUAUCAUUGUUCUGCUCUAAAGUUCUGCUCUGUUUGGGUGAGAUGCAGAAAGCUGAGGAGCUGCUACUAAAAGCAGAUCAAAUUUUCCAAAAGGGAAUGGAGCGGGAUAGUGACAGUAUGAGGUUACUGCUCAAAGUGCAACAUAUGCUGGCAGAGCUUUACGUCCAAAUGCAUCUGACGAAAGACACAGAGAUGUAUUGCCACAAGGGACUUGAGACUGCCAGGUCUCUUGACAGCGCAGAGGUCAAACUGAUAGUUGGACAGCUGCUUUGUCGUCUGCGUCUGGCAUUGCUGGUGGAUGGACGGCUAUAUGCAGUGUCAGGGCUUUUCAAAGAGAUCAGCUCUUCUAGAUACAUUUCUGUCCAUCCUUGUGCUGAAGGCACAGCCAUGCUGCUGAAGGCCAUUCACAAGUUGAGUCUUUGUGAGACCAAGACUGCUGAGAGAUGCUUCCAAGCUGCACUGGCCAGCAGGAGGCGCUGGUAUGGCCAUGAUCAUCCUCUGGUAGCAGAAGUGGAGGAGCAGCUUGCAGAUCUUUGGGCCAGUGCCCAAACCAAUACAGAAUGGACACAGAGGAGAAUUGUUGAACUGUACCGCCAUGCUGUAAGCACUAGAGAGACAGAGGCUCGGACAUUGCAACUUCCCUCCACGCAACACAACCUUGCUGUCGUUCUUAUAAAGCUUGGUAAAGUGUUGUUGUGUAGCUGCAGUAGAGUGGAGAGGAGAGAGGGGCAGGAUCUGCUCCAGAGAGCUGCAGACAUAAGGAUUCACCUCCUGGGCCCAGAGCACCUAAUGACCUGAGACCUGGAGCAACAGUGAGCUCAAUUUCAUUACAGUACAACUGCUUUUAAGGAAUUACAACAGUCUUCAGGCUAGGAGCUUCUCUACAGAAAGAGCAUCAUCUUGUAAUCAGGAUGAAACCCUAAAAAGACAGUGGACGGCUUUUUCAGGGCCACAGUGUGACACUGGACACUGGUUUGUUUGACUGGCGACUGUCUCUUACCAGAUCAACCGGACGGACUUUCCCAGGCAGACACAUCAUCCAGGAGGAAGCUCUGAAAACACUAAACCAAUUAAUGAGAAGACUAAUUUACAGCAUAUCAGCUUUGUCACUUGGUCAGACCAGUGUCUUUUCUUACACCGAUCAGGCAUAACAUUAUGAGCACUGACAGGUGAAGUGAAUAACACUGAUUAUCUCUUCAUCACGGCACCUGUUAGUGGGUGGGAUAUAUUAGGCAGCAAGUGAACAUUUUGUC